ACGGUCACACACAGAAUUCCUAAAGCCGCCUUGCCUUUUGCUCGCGAGUAGGACUGUAGGAGAGAUAUCGAUCUGAUGGCCACCUGCAGGAGCCGUGGCGUCGAGAGGGGCGGCGCGCCGCACGUCCUCGCGGUGGACGACAGCUCCGUGGACCGCGCCGUCAUCUCCGGCAUCCUCCGGAGCUCUCAGUUCCGCGUGACGGCUGUGGACAGCGGGAAGAGGGCAUUGGAGCUGCUAGGCUCGGAACCGAAUGUGAGCAUGAUUAUCACUGACUACUGGAUGCCGGAGAUGACCGGGUAUGAACUCCUGAAGAAGGUCAAGGAGUCGUCCAGGCUGAAGGAGAUCCCUGUGGUGAUCAUGUCCUCGGAGAACGUCUCUACAAGGAUCAACAGGUGCUUGGAGGAAGGAGCGGAGGAUUUCUUGCUGAAGCCCGUGCAGCCGUCGGACGUGUCGCGGCUGUGCAGCCGCGUCCUCCGGUGAGCCGUGCAGGCGGCGGCCGGUCGGGUGGGCGUCGUGGGCGACUGAAGCGUCCCUGCAUGCAUAUGCGGCUUCAGUGUUUUGGGGGUUGGAAUUAAUAGCAGCAGAAGCAGAAGCAGUAGUAGUAGUGAUUAGUGGUAGCCAAACGCACUGUGCGCUUGCAGAUGUUGUGGUUAAUGGGCUGAAUUUGCCUCUCCCUUUCUCUAUUUUUCUCAUUCCGAAUGUCAUGUUCUAGCUGUUCCCUGUGUCGAUCUAGAAUGCAGUUUGUUCCAUCGGUUUGUCCAUCCCAGUUGAAAAACCUGUUGCAACAAAUGUCUAAUUUUAUGUUCUUAACAGUUCAUCCGUUUUUCUAGUUAUAUUCAU